AUGGCUACAAGACCAGUCAUCGAGUAUUAUUUCUCUUUCAUUUCACUAUGGUCCUAUAUCGGAAGCCGUCGCCUUCAGGCUUUAGCAAAACAACAUAAUGCGGAGAUCGUUUACAAGCCGAUUGAUCUCCUACACAUAUUCUCCAUCUCCGGCGGUCUCCCCGUCAAGCAGCGCACGGUUCAAAGACAAGCUUACAGACUUGUCGAAAUGGAAAGAUGGACUCAAGUGCGAGACUUACCCAUCGUGCAACAACCCAAGUUUUAUCCCGCAGACCCGUCUCUCGCACAUAGAGUUCUUCUCGCAGCUAUCGAAGAGCUUGGAAAUGAUGAUUCUUCCGUCUCAGAAUUUGCCCGUCGUGGACUUGAGACCGUUUGGGCAAACGAGUCUGAUAUCGCCGACCCAGCCACCAUUGUUCAAGUGGCAAAUGCAUCUGGACUUGAUGGUAGCAGGUUGCUAGAGAGAGCUAGGAAGGAGAGCAAGUUUGCCGACCAAGAAAAGUCUCUGACUAAAGAGGCAGAAGAUCGGAGGUUUUUUGGAGCGCCAUUUUACAUCUAUCGAGGUGAACCAUUCUGGGGGCAGGAUCGAUUGGAAAUGCUUGAUGAUGUUAUUAAGAGUGGUCGUGACCCAAUUCCCUUACCCAGUGAGGGUGUCUUUGAUCCUCGGCAGCAAUAG